CACCGGAGCGAGAGAGAGAGAGAGAGAGAGAGAGAGAAAUGGCGGGAGAAGAUUCCGACAAUCAGCCGUCGUCACCAGAUUCACCUUCCUCCGCUGGGUUCAACACCGAUCAGUUACCUUUCAGUACGAGCCAGAACUCCGAGAAUUUCUCUGAAGAAGAAGCAGAGGAAGAUCGGCGGAUCAUAAGGGAUGAGCCUGAUGAGCGGGAAGAAGAGGAAGAAGUUGAUGGAGAAGAUCUCUACCCCGAUAACUUCAUGGCAGAUUACGAGGCAAGAGGUGAGCAAGAUCAGUAUGAGCCUGCUGGAUUAGAUGAUUCCGUCGAAGAUGACAGAGAUCCAGGUCAGGUUAUGGAUGACCGUCGCGCCGCCGAUGCUGAGCUCGAUGCUCUAAAAAGCCGCUUCGCCAAUCGCAAGCUUCCUCAUCUUCUUCACGAUAAUGAUUCAGAUGAUUGGAACUAUAGACCUUCAAAGAGGUCUCGAACUACGGUUCCACCGAGAGGAAAUGGUGGUGAUCCUGAUGGGAAUCCAAGUUCUCCAGGAAAUUCACAGCCAGAUAUCUCAAUGACUGAUCAAACAGAUGACUAUCAAGAUGAGGAUGAUAACGAAGAUGAAGCAGAGUUUGAGAUGUAUCGGAUCCAAGGAAGUUUGAGAGAAUGGGUUAUGAGAGACGAAGUUCGUCGUUUCAUUGCCAAGAAGUUCAAAGACUUCUUGCUCACAUAUGUGAAACCAAAUAGUGAAAAUGGAGAAUAUGUGCGUCUGAUAAAUGAAAUGGUCUCAGCCAAUAAGUGUAGUCUGGAAAUUGAUUACAAAGAAUUCAUACAUGUCCACCCAAAUAUUGCAAUCUGGCUUGCGGAUGCUCCACAACCUGUUCUUGAAGUAAUGGAGGAAGUUUCAGAAAAUGUUAUCUUUGAUCUGCAUCCAAACUACAAGAAUAUUCACCAGAAGAUUUAUGUUCGUGUUACCAACCUACCGGUUAAUGAUCAGAUUCGGAACAUAAGGCAGAUUCAUCUUAACACGAUGAUCCGCAUUGGUGGAGUUGUCACUAGGCGUUCUGGGGUCUUUCCUCAGCUGCAGCAGGUGAAAUAUGACUGUAACAAGUGUGGAGCAAUUUUGGGGCCGUUCUUCCAAAAUUCGUAUUCAGAAGUCAAGGUCGGUUCUUGUUCUGAAUGCCAGUCAAAAGGACCGUUUACUGUAAAUGUCGAACAGACGAUAUACAGAAACUAUCAGAAGCUUACAAUCCAAGAGAGUCCAGGAACAGUGCCUGCUGGACGACUUCCAAGACACAAGGAAGUUAUCCUGCUGAAUGACCUUAUCGAUUGCGCUCGUCCUGGAGAAGAAAUUGAGGUUACUGGCAUAUAUACCAACAAUUUUGACCUGUCUUUGAACACAAAGAAUGGGUUUCCUGUCUUUGCCACUGUGGUGGAAGCAAAUUAUGUUACGAAGAAGCAAGACCUUUUCUCUGCUUACAAGCUAACCCAGGAAGACAAGACGCAAAUCGAAGAGCUAUCCAAGGACCCACGUAUAGUUGAACGUAUCAUCAAGUCAAUUGCUCCGUCAAUAUAUGGCCACGAAGAUAUCAAAACAGCUGUCGCGCUUGCGAUGUUUGGAGGCCAAGAGAAAAAUAUCAAAGGGAAACACAGAUUGCGUGGAGAUAUAAAUGUACUUCUACUAGGAGAUCCAGGAACAGCAAAAUCACAAUUUCUGAAAUACGUUGAGAAAACGGGUCAGAGAGCUGUCUACACAACUGGGAAGGGAGCUUCUGCUGUUGGUCUGACUGCAGCAGUACACAAGGAUCCAGUUACAAGGGAGUGGACGCUUGAAGGAGGGGCUCUUGUACUUGCUGACCGAGGAAUUUGUCUUAUCGAUGAGUUUGACAAGAUGAAUGAUCAGGACAGGGUGAGUAUUCAUGAAGCCAUGGAACAGCAGAGUAUUAGUAUAUCGAAGGCAGGAAUAGUUACUUCUCUUCAAGCUCGUUGCUCUGUUAUUGCUGCAGCUAAUCCAGUUGGUGGAAGGUACGAUUCAUCCAAAUCAUUUGCACAAAACGUUGAGCUGACAGAUCCGAUCCUUUCUCGUUUCGAUAUUCUGUGUGUUGUCAAGGAUGUGGUUGACCCAGUGACAGAUGAAAUGCUAGCAGAAUUUGUUGUCAAUAGCCACUUCAAAUCACAACCCAAAGGUGGUAAGAUGGAUGAUAGCGAGCCCCAAGAUGGCAUUCAGGGAUCUAGCGGUUCUUCUGAUCCCGAGGUUCUUCCCCAGAACCUGCUGAAGAAAUACUUAACAUACUCGAAAUUGUAUGUAUUCCCAAAACUGAGUGAAAUAGAUGCCAAGAAGUUGGAAACUGUUUAUGCUAAUCUAAGACGAGAAUCAAUGAACGGACAAGGAGUUUCUAUUGCGACAAGGCACCUCGAGUCCAUGAUCCGAAUGUCUGAAGCACAUGCUAGGAUGCACCUUAGGCAAUAUGUCACAGAAGAGGAUGUUAAUAUGGCCAUUCGAGUCUUGCUUGAUUCUUUCAUAUCAACCCAGAAAUUCGGAGUCCAGAGAACUCUAAGAGAGAGUUUCAAACGAUACAUUACAUAUAAAAAGGACUACAACUCAUUACUCCUCGUUCUUCUCAAAGAGCUAGUAAAGAAUGCCCUAAAGUUUGAAGAAAUCGUCUCGGGAUCAAACUCCGGUCUACCUUCUAUCGAGGUUAAGAUAGAGGAGCUGCAGACAAAGGCCAACGAAUACGACAUUGCGGAUCUACGACCGUUCUUUUCGAGCACAGAUUUUGCCAAAGCUCAUUUCGAGUUAGACCAUGUUCGAGGAAUGAUCAAGUGUCCUAGAAGGCUAGUCACUUGGUAAAAACAAGAAGACGAAGUUUCAAGUCAAAGCUUACUGCUACUAGAAACUUGGGUUUAGGUUUAUCAUUCUUUAGUUUUCACAUUAACAUACGAUGAAUCGCAUGUUAACUUUUGGAUUAUUUAGAUUAUGGUUUCGUUUAAUGUUAAGAUUAUCAGCUCCUCAAA